AUGCUCCCUUCAUUACAAAUACUAAGCAGAUCGGUUUGGAAAGGACCUCAUAUUGUACCUUUACCAAUAGCAAAAGCUAUACAAAACAAAUCGAGUAUCAGAACAAAAGCACGUAAUUGUACAAUAAUACCACAAUUUGUUGGACUUAAAUUUGAGGUACACAAUGGGAAAGAUUACGUCGAGGUCGAAGUCACUGACGACAUGGUAGGGUCAAAGUUGGGAGAGUUUGCACCAACUAGAAAGAGAUUCAUGUACAAAUACUCCAAGAAUUAG